AUUUUUUAUUCAAUUAAUAAAAGAAACAAUGACAAGAUCCGAACAGUAGAACACUCUAACCCUAACCCUCGAUUACAUUUCACAAUCAUCUCUUCAGAUUCAACUUUCCUUUCAAAAAGUUUACAAAUUACCCCCACAUAUUACCGAUUUCAACCAUUGAAUUACAUUUUCCGAAUCUGCGGAGCAGAGAAGAAGAGUGAGAGAGGAGGAUUUCGAACAAAAUUCAAUAUUUUUUCGACGACACCGAAAAUCUGGAUCUUCCAGAAUUUUGAAGUUGUUUUGCAGAGACUUUAUUACCGAUUCUAAACUACAAUGGCCUCGCAUCUGCCUGCAACCACAGACUCCCUUGCAAUGGCUCUGGAAGCCAAUAGCGCUGCAGAGUCUAUUUCGAUACUACAGAGAGUGCUUGCAGAUCCGUCUUCUUCUCCUGAUUCAUUGCGCAUAAAGGAGCAAGCAAUCACAAAUUUAACUGAUUUUCUUAGGAAAGAAAAUAAGGCUGAGGACCUUCGGAUCCUUCUGACCCAAUUGAGGCCCUACUUCUCCUCUGUUCCCAAAGCUAAAACUGCAAAGAUUGUUCGUGGAAUUAUUGAUGCAGUGGCUAAAAUACCUAAUACAAGUGAACUGCAGAUCUCUCUUUGCAAGGAAAUGGUAGAGUGGACUCGCACUGAGAAGAGAACUUUCCUUCGCCAACGGGUUGAGGCCAGACUCGCUGCUCUGUUGAUGGAGACCAAGGAGUACCCCGAAGCAUUGUCUCUGCUUUCUGGUCUGAUAAAGGAGGUCAGAAGACUAGAUGACAAACUUCUCUUAGUGGACAUUGAGUUGCUGGAGAGUAAGCUUCAUUUCUCUCUGAGGAAUCUCCCCAAAGCCAAGGCUGCCCUCACUGCAGCUAGAACAGCAGCCAAUGCGAUAUAUGUGCCUCCAGCUCAGCAGGGGACUAUAGACCUUCAGAGUGGAAUACUCCAUGCAGAGGAGAAGGACUAUAAAACUGCUUAUAGCUACUUCUAUGAAGCUUUCGAGGCCUUUAAUGCUCUUGAGGAUCCCAGAGCAGUAUACAGUUUGAAAUACAUGCUCCUGUGCAAAGUCAUGGUGAAUCAAGCUGAUGAUGUUGCUGGAAUAAUUUCUUCCAAAGCAGGCUUGCAGUACUUGGGACCAGAUCUUGACGCUAUGAAAGCUAUUGCUGAUGCUUAUUCAAAGCGUUCUUUGAAACUCUUUGAGGCUUCAUUGGAGAACUUUAAGGCUCAACUGGAAGAAGAUCCUAUUGUUCACAGGCACUUAUCAUCUCUUUAUGACACUUUAUUGGAACAGAACCUUUGCAGACUGAUUGAACCUUUUUCAAGGGUUGAGAUCGCCCACAUUGCAGAAUUGAUCGAACUCCCUGUUGAUCACGUGGAGAGGAAACUAUCUCAGAUGAUUUUGGAUAAAAAAUUUGCAGGAACACUUGAUCAGGGUGCGGGAUGCCUCAUUAUUUUUAAUGAUCCCAAGACCGAGGCUAUCUAUGAAGCUACACUGGAUACAAUUUCUAAUGUUGGAAAGGUUGUGGACAGCCUUUUUGUCAGAUCUGCCAAGAUUAUGGUAUAAGAAUACGACUACUACAUGGUUCGGAAUAUCACAAGUCAUAGAAAUUGAUUCUCUGCUGUGUUUGGUGGGCAUGAACAGCUCUUGUUACUCGAGUUUUAGGUCUGUUGUGUUACCUUGGAAAUGAUAAGUUAUAAGAGACUGAUUGAGUCCAGUAAGUUUUAGCUUUUUUAUGAUUAUCAUUUUAACAGUCAAAUGUUUAAUUUUGUUAAUAGCAUUCGAUUAGUUGCUUUUCUGUUUUAGUAAUGGCUCUAAAUAUUUGGAAGGUGAAAGCUUGAUGAUUCUAUACCUUCCAGGUGCUACAGCUUGUCGCAGGCUUAGAAAACUGUAAAAGGAAAUUAUUUUGAUACAA